AUGACGAUCAACACACCUGUAUCUGCAGUGACAUGUGGGGUUGGGACUGUAGGCACGUUACAAAGUACAGAUCAUCCGGACGCUAAGGAUAGCCUUGAUGCUGAGUGUCCAGCCGUGCCGUCUGAAGAUAGAAUACUUGACUUUCUGACAUUUCUUGAUCAAACGGCAUCGAACUCCCUAGCUUGUGAAGCGCAAAGCCUACGACAAACGCAUCCCUCUGUCGAUUCGACAAGAAAUGCAAACCUGCUGUCCAGAAUAUCGACUCUGGAAGUCGAGCUCGAGGACAAGGAACACAACCUCAAAGCCUUACGGGAGCUUCGUGACAGAGAGAAACUUCAAGGAGAACGGCUUCGUAGGCAGUUACAGUUACAGCUGCAGGAAGAAUUGACGAGGACAACUGAAAAGUACGAGCGACAGUCCGCAAGGCAACAGGAAUUGUUGUGUCAGCUACAGGAUGAAAAGAAAGAGAUGGCUUCUCGCUAUCAACGUCUCGCAGAUGAGAUGCGCGAGCUUGGGAGAAGAUUUAGUGCUAAAACUGCAGAACUGCACAAACAGUACGGAAAGGAACUGGAGCGUCAAAGGAAAGCUUUUCUCUCCGGUGAAAAGGCCCGCCGGGACGCGUGGGAGCGCGACCGGGCUCAGGAGAUAAAAGAAAUAACAAUAAAGGGUCUGGAGCCUGAAAUCCAGAGGCUGCUGGACAAACACAGAAAUGAGAAGCGUUGUCUAGAGGAGAAGAUGAAAAAAGUAGCAAAUGACGUGGGUCGCGUUAGUUCUGCACUGGGCCUUCGUCUCACAGCUCCACAUUUGAAACGUUCACAUUUUCUCCCACGUCGACUCAAAAGUGAACAAACCCGUUUCUCUGACGCUGCUUUUGAAACGCCUCAGAUGAAAAGCCAGCUGGAACAAGAGCUGGCCUCGCAGAAGGCGCUAGUGGCGAGGCAAAUGGAGGAGGCGUUUGAGGCUGAGCGAAGCCAACACAGACAGGAAGUUCGGGAGAUGCAAGAACGUUUCGAGGCCGAAAUGAGGAGAGAAAAGGAACUUUUAGUGGCAAAACAUCGAGAAGAAGCGGCGAAGUGGGAGUCGGAGAUAAAAAACGGCAAGAAGUCUCUCCAGGGCGAAAUCACAAAAGCGCGAGAACAGGAGCAGCAGCGCUGCAAGGAAGUGGCGAACCAGUUCGUGGCGGAAAUGGAACGCCUGCGGCAAAGCCACGCAGCCGAAGUUCGGCAGGCGGAGGAUUCUGCAAAGGCGAAAGAAAAAGAACUUCUGAUCAAAAUGGAAGCCGCCAAAGCUGCAGCCGUUAAAGAGGCAGUGGAAACGGCGAAAAAAGAAAUGGAGGCGGAGUGCCACAAGAAAAUAAAACAUUUGCUGGAGCGGCUGAGUGAAGAGCAAGUGGAGGCGCAGAGCCGCCUGGAAGGCCAGUGCAACGAAGCCCUUGCUGCUGCUCAGGCCAAUUUCGAGAAGACCAAACAAGAAUUGGCGAACGAAAAAGACAAGUUGGAAGCAGAAUUAAAAGCUGCAAACGAAAAGCGUCUGAGUUUGGAGAUAUAUAUUUCUCGUUUGGAAACCGAAGCGGAACUGAAAGACAAAAUGCAGAAGGAGCUGCAGACUGCACUUGACGAAGUCAGCGGCAAGGCGCAGGAGCAGUGCCAGCGACUGGAGACGCAGCGCCAAACCCUGGACGACUUGAGCAGCAAACUGGCGGCAGCAAACGAACAAAUAAAAGAAAUGAAAAUAAAAGAAAACAACAGAAUGGAAAAAGUCGAAAUUAAAGUGAGAGAAACAAUAAAGGCCAAAGAUCAGACAAUUCAAAGCCUCAAAGACGAACUCGCCGCCAGCAACACGAAAGUGGAGCAUUUGCGGAACUUGAUGAGUCGGCACCGCCUGGAGCUGAUGAAAGGCAUUUCCUCUUCAGAUUACUUCCCGGCGGACUCCGUCGAGUCCACUGCAGCCUCUUUGCUGCCGCCAAUAACUAAAGACAAAACUCCAGAUUUAGUCAGCAACAACAGCAACUAUUUAACUCCAAGCUCCCGGCUAAAGCGAGGAACAGUCACAGAACGAAAGGCAGCAACGAGAGUUCACACGAAACUCAAAAACGCGUUCGAUACGAGCCUUAGCAAAAGGGAAACAAAAGACUAA